AUGGCGGCGCUCGACGACGACAAGCACCAGAUGCAUUGCAAACCGGUUCGAUGCAUCGAAGACGAUGUCCACCGCCAACGGGCCAACGUCACUCGACAGCUUGCACGACGCCUCGCCGAUGGCGGAGAACAACGUCGCGGAGACGCGUGCGGCUUCUGGCGGAAGAAAUUGACCGGGGUGCGGUGGCUUCGAUCCGUCGGAUGGAAGCAAACACCCGUAUCACACACAACACACAACGGUCAACAGACAACAGAGUCGGCAGCGUGGCGAACAGUGGGCCAGCGCGUGGAUCUGCCGCGUGUGGUGCCCACGCCGUACCCAUCGGCGAUGCGAGGACGUGCAGGCGCUUUUCCUGCUCAACAGCAAAAGGUGGCGUCGGCACGCAUCCCCGGCAGCCACACCGAGCCUCGCGAGCACGCCCAAAAUUGGUACCGGCAGGCCGCACCAGACUCCAUCGCGCGGCGACGCCAUCAGCACGCCCAAACGCAGCAGGCGAUGAUGCGGCGUACAACCAGGUUGUCAUGGAUAUCGGCAUCGGUUGCUGCCAUUGUACGCGCUUGGGCCUCGUCCGCGCCAUCGGCGGCGCUUCCAAUUGUGCUUGCCAAACACACCCAAGGUCGCCAAUCGACGUGCAAGGCGCGCAGCAAUCAUUCGUGGGGGGGUCACGCGGUCUUUGGCGCGCAGGGCGUGCACGGCAAAGACGGGCCACGCCAGCCGAGCAAACAAAGGGGAGCGAGUGCGCCUCGCCAACGCUUCCCGUGUAUCGGCGGUGCCAAAGCGAGGCGAUUGGUCGCCCAAACGGGUGUCAGGGCCAGGGUGGCAGCACCAGACGAGCCUCAUCGGGAAUCGGUCGAUUUGGCACCACGACCAACGGCACUUGCCAGAUCCAGCGUCGCAUCCAUCCCCAUGCCCACCCCUAACGCCGCGGUAGCAGCGGUUGCCACGCUUCAGAGCGGAGCUUCAAGGCAGAUUGCGGAGUUGCAACUCGCUUCGCCGCCACGAUCCUCGUUUACACGACGUUCGCUCUGGCCAAAGUGCCCGCGCCUCGCCAAAAUCGACACGCGUCGCUUGCCCCGCCUCGAUGCGCGUCGACGCGCAGCUGCAGCUGACGAGCAUAUGCCGCUCUGCCUCUGCGCCGCUCCUCUCUCGGCGCCCGCUUGGACUGCCAUCUCGCCUGUGCACCUCGACCGACUCGAUCGCUCGACCGCUCGCGACGCUGCCAUUUACGCGCUGGCUGCUGGAGACACUGAGACCUGGGCUUUGGCGAUGCACUUUGGGCUCAUCGUCAUGCCAAAAGCUGGCGACGCCAUUGUGCUGAUCGGCAAGUUGGAAGCCGCCGCACGAGCGACCGUGCCCAUCGUCAAGAAAAGUCACACCGAGGUCCAAGCGUGGGUGCGGCAGUGCAGCGGAGGUGGACGAAUAUUGCCAGGCGAGAGGAUCCAAGCGGUGGCGUGCGAGUCAAGACGCACCGCGGCUGAAGAGCAAAGCCCGAGCGUCCAAGCUGAUAGCGGCGAAACACGAUUUCUUGGUGACACGCCGCAACUGCUCGUCGCCGAUCGUCGAGGGAGCCUUGGCUGGCUGCGAGCGUUGCUGGGCCAUCCAUCCGAAUCGGCGCUACCUCCUCGCACUCCAGUCGCCAACGCCGUGCACCGACCUAGCCUAGCCUCGAGGCCUGGGUGCUCAAGACAACUUAGCCAUCGCCCUGGACUCCGAGAUGCCAUCCGAGAUGGCAGCAGAUCGUUCUUGUCGCUUCGAGCGCUUGACCCCGUCCCGUCUUUCCGUUGCAUUGCUCUGCCGCAUGUGCGUGCGUGCCUGCCUUUUUCAGCUGCCUUACUUCAGCUGUUCUUUUCGAGCAAAUUCGAGACGAGCAAGCAGGAACACGCCAGCUGCCCACCCAUUGAAGCGAGGCCGGUCGCAGCUUCGACGCCGUCAUGUUUGAGCUGGGCGGCGUCUGGCGGAGGCGAACAUACUAUGGCUGGCGUGUGCCUCCUCGGACUUGGCGCAUCACAGUGA